AGGGAGAAGCUGGAGGGGGUGCUCAGAAUUCUGAGGAGUGUAACCAGACCCCGUGUACCUCUCUCUAUGCUACUGAAUUAUUUGGCUUUGUUAAGUGGGCUGCUUUUAAAUAUUAAACCAAGACGUUGUAAACAAGGUUUGCAACAAAGUCCAUGAGAAGUUGGCAUCUUGCGAGGGGAAGAGGAGUCUGGGAUCUGACUAGUGAGGCAUUUUAUCCGGUUAGUGCCGCUCAUUAAAUUACCUCCCCAGUGUUUAAAGCCACUGCUAACCACACGACGGACCUUCUUAGCUUUUCCCCAGUGAAGCAGCACAGACUGGCCAGCUCCGAGGCAGGACACCAUGGCUAAGAAAGUGGCAGUGAUCGGGGCCGGGGUCAGCGGCCUGGCCUCCCUGAAGUGCUGUGUGGACGAGGGGCUGCAGCCCACCUGCUUUGAGAGGACAGGAGACAUUGGCGGCCUGUGGAGGUUCAUGGAAAACGUUGAAGAUGGCCGAGCAAGUAUCUAUCAAUCUGUCAUCACCAACACCAGUAAAGAGAUGUCCUGUUUCAGCGACUUUCCGAUGCCUGAAGAUUUUCCAAACUUCCUGCAUAAUUCUAAGCUCCUGGAGUAUUUCAGGAUUUUUGCCAAAACGUUUGAUCUUCUAAAAUAUAUCCAGUUCCAGACCACCGUCCUCAGCGUGAGAAGGUGCCCAGACUUCCCAUCCUCUGGCCAGUGGGAGGUGGUUACCGAGAGCCAGGGCGAGGAGCACAGCGCUGUCUUUGAUGGGGUUUUGGUUUGCAGUGGCCACCACAUCCUCCCUCACACCCCAUGGGAGGCAUUUCCAGGUAUCGAGAGGUUCAAAGGCCAGUAUUUCCAUAGCCGCCAGUACAAGCGCCCAGAGGGGUUUGAGGGGAAGCGCAUCCUGGUGAUUGGAAUAGGAAACUCGGCCUCAGACGUCGCUGUGGAGCUCAGCAGGAAGGCUGCUCAGGUGUUCAUCAGCACCAGGCACGGUUCCUGGGUCAUGAGCCGCAUCUCCGAGGACGGCUACCCCUGGGACAUGGUGUUCCACACCCGGUUCAGCUCCGCGCUCCGAAACAUCCUGCCACGAUCGGCUCUCAAGUGGAUGAUGGAACGACAGAUCAAUCAAUGGUUCAACCAUGAAAAUUAUGGCCUUGACCCCGAAAACAAGUACCUCAUGAAAGAGCCUGUCCUAAAUGACGAUCUCCCAAGUCGUAUCCUCUGCGGGGCCAUCCAGGUGAAGCCGAGAGUGACGGAGUUCAGAGAGACUUCUGUCGUCUUCGCGGACGGGACUGCAGAGCAGGACAUCGAGGUUGUCAUCUUUGCAACGGGAUAUACUUUCUCUUUUCCCUUCCUCGACCCGUCACUUGUUAAAGUGGAGGAUAAUAUGGUCUCACUGUACAAAUACAUGUUCCCUCCUCACCUGGAGAAGCCAACCCUGGCGUGCAUUGGUCUCAUCCAGCCCCUGGGUUCCAUUUUCCCAACUGUUGAACUCCAAGCUCGUUGGGCGACACGAGUUUUCAAAGGCUUGUGUGCGUUGCCCUCAGAGAGGACCAUGACUAUGGACAUUAUCAAGAGGAACAAAAACAGAAUUGACCUGUUUGGGGAGAGCCAGAGCCAGAUACUGCAGACCAAUUACAUCGACUACUUGGACGAGCUCGCCAGAGAGAUGGGUGCAAAGCCAGACAUCUUUUCCUUCUUGUUAAAAGAUCCCAAACUGGCUGUGAAUCUCUGUUUUGGGCCCUGCAACUCCUAUCAGUACCGGCUGGUUGGGCCUGGACGAUGGAAGGGGGCCAGGAAUGCCAUCUUCACCCAGAAACAAAGGAUACUGAAGCCGCUGAAGACACGGGCUCUGAAAGCCCCCUCUGGUCUCCCAGUCGCCCUCCUGCUGAAAAUCCUGGGGCUUCUUGCUGUUGCUGUGGCCUUUCUUCUCCAGCUACGGUGGUUCUGAUCUGUCGGCACAAAGCUUUUGGCUUUAGUGUUAGCUGGUACCUGUUGAAGAAAAAAAAGAGACUAGAAGAAAAAUUAUUAGAUCUGAAUAUUAGAGCUGAGAGGAAUCAUGUGAGAGGCAACUGUGGAGAAUUAGCAGAACGGGGUCUGUGUGUAGCUCUGAAAUGGUGCCGUGAGGUCUUUUUGCCAUUCCUCCCUUCCUUCAAGACUCUCCGUAAAUGAUAAUGACAGGCACAGGCUGAGUGACGCUGCCAGCCUGGCUGACACGGGAGAGUUGUGGGGACAAAGGUAGAAUCAUGCAGAAUGAAAAGCUGGAAGAAUGUCCUCAGACAUUGGGUCAUGCUCCAACUGCUUGGUGGGGAGCCGCUCAGAAAAACUGGGGAAGAGAUUGAGGGGUAGGCUUUGAAGACAGCAGCCUUGCCCACACAGAUUUCUAGGGCCUCACAUUGAAAGCUGAGCAAACAGCCAUGUUCCUUAUAUUUUUCCUAUAUCUUGACAGAAACAUUGCUUUAAGAAUAAAACUGAACAUGCCAUGAUAGCUUUACAUAUAUUUAAUACUUACCAUAGACCAGACACUGCUGUGUGCACAGUACAUGUUUAAUUUCAUUUCUUUCCACAUCAGUUCUGGGUGGGUACAUUAUGCCCAUUUUGCAGAUGACGAAGCCAAGACUCAGAGCAUCUGGGUAACAUGCCAGAGACCACUCUACUGGUCCUGCCAUUGGUUGGAACCCAGGUUUGCUUGACUCCUGAACUGAAGAUCUUAACACUGCCCCUAAUAUACUUACUUACAAAAACCUCCAUGACCAUAAACUAAUUAGCAGUUUAUUUAUAAUCAAAUAUAUGUUACAUUUAAAGGAACUUCAAGUAGAAAACAGCAUCUGAUUAGUUUUCUUUGUAGUACUUUGUUUCUAUUUCAGCAAGACCUAAAAAGUGUUUGAAGGAAUUUACAAUGAAAGACACCUAUACAGUAACAUUUAAGAUAAUCACUGACACAUUUUGAAAAACAAUGGAGGAGGGUUAAUAAAAGCAUUAUCUUGACUGAG